AUGUCAGGAUUGUUGACAGGCAGUUCGUUUAAGAGGCAAUUCCCAGAAAUCGACACGCAGAAUGGCGGCAGUUCGUCACUCCAAGGAACGGUGGUGGCUAUCUACGAAAUCGGAUGCUUCUUUGGUGCCAUUUUUGCUUUUCUAUUCGGCGAACGCCUCGGCAGACGAUGGUCAAUAAUUCUUGCAUGUUUGGUGCUUAGUGUCGGUGCUAUCAUUCAGGCCACCGCCUAUGGCAUUCCGCAAAUGAUUGUGGGACGAACUGUUGCUGGACCAGGCAAUGGGUUAAAUACUGCAACUAUCCCUGUGUGGCACUCAGAGCUUAUGAAGCCUACCCUAAGAGAUCGAGGUCUGUCGAUCGAGCUGGCUACCAAUAUCUUCGGGGUUAUGCUCUUCUACUGGACUGGUUAUGGAAUGAGCUUUGUCAAUAAUGAAUCCCAGUUUCGCUUCCCGAUUGCCUUCCAGAUACUCUUUGCUCUUGUAACGAUACUAUUUAUGUUCUUCCUCCCUGAGAGUCCGCGUUGGGACCACCCCGUCAUUAUUGCCGAACUACAGGAGAUCGAGCACGCUCUCCAGAAUGAGCGAGAAGCUGCUAGUGGCACAACCUUCCUCGCUCUCUUUAUGAAAUGCCCACAGCGAUUCCGCCGCCGUACUCUUCUUGGUAUAGGCGGUCAGUUUAUGCAACAGCUCUCAGGCAUCAACCUGAUCACAUACGUUCGUCUAUUCCAGGAUCUCCGCAACAGCUUCGGCGUUAUACUAACAGUAAGACGCACCGGGUUCAAUGGCGUUGCAUACUUUCUGUCCUCCCUCCCUCCAAUCUGGCUACUGGACCGCCUCGGACGUCGCAAGCUUAUGCUCUUCGCCUGCGCUGGUCAAGCAAUGUGCAUGGCUAUUGGCCCGCUGACGUUGUACCUUAUAGGUACGGUCGCAAAUGGCAGCAAGUCUGCCGGUAUCGGCGCUAUCGUUAUGCUUUUCCUCUUCAACUUCUUCUUCACGGUCGGCCUUCUCGCCAUCCCGUGGUUGCUACCGGCGGAGUAUGCACCACUCGCUAUCCGAACGAAAUCUGCCGCUUUAGCGACAGCGUCAAACUGGAUCUUCACCUUCCUCGUAGUCGAGAUCACGCCUGUUUCGAUCAACAGUAUCAAAUGGAAGACGUAUAUCUACUUCGCCAUCUUCAAUGCCGCAUUCCUACCAUUGAUCUGGUUCUUCUACCCAGAGACGCAAAAUCUCUCGCUCGAGCAAGUCGACAAGUUGUUCGUUGGUGAUAAGGUACUGCUUCACUGGAAGCCAAGUAUGGGCGAGCGACAGGGCUCGUUCGCUCUUGUGGCGAGGCCCUCUGAUGAA